GUCCCGUCAGGGCUCUCCGCGCAAUGUUUAUACAGUUUCCUGGCUGAAUCUCUUUAAGGAAGAAAGCAGGCGAGCCCGGAAAGAGCUAAAUGGGAGAGAAAACAAUGGACCCAUUGCUCUUCUUCCUAACCGUGCUGCUCUUUGUUGGGACCCAAAGCUGCCCUGAGGUCUGCAAAUGUGUAGCCAAGAAGAAAUAUGGCCGCCACAUUGCAGACUGCUCUUACAAAGAACUCCAGGCUGUCCCUGUUGGCUUGCCUUCCAAUGCAACGACCCUCACCCUGUCUGUCAAUCGUAUCACCUCCUUGAGAGUGGACUCCUUUGAGGAUCUCGUAGACCUGCAAGCUCUGUGGCUGUCAUAUAAUGAAGUUAGUAAUAUUGCCAAAGGGACUUUUGCUUUCCUGGUGCAGUUGCGGGCCAUCGAUCUCAGCCACAAUCGGAUAACGGACUUCCCCUGGGGAGACCUGUCCAACCUCACAGCUCUGCAGCAGCUCAAGCUGAGCAGCAACCUCCUGGAGAAGGUUCCAUCAGAUGCCUUCCACACCUUGAAGGACUUACGGUCCCUCUGGCUCAGUGACAACCAACUUGCGGUCCUCUCCGAAGGGACCUUCGACUCCAUGCCUCUGUUAUCCCUGCUCCAGAUCAGCCACAACCCUUGGAACUGCUCCUGUAAGAUCUGGUGGUUGAAGGCAUGGAUGGAGAACACCUCGGUGAUACCAGAAAAGGAGUCCAUCACAUGUGCCGCCCCUGAACGUAUGAAAGGUCUCGUUUUUGGAAGAUCCCUGCCAAUGGACUGCAUGCGUCCAUCAGUGCAGGUGGUUUAUCAUUCCAGCCUGGGCAGUAGCAUCUUGCAUGGUGGACUCAGCAUCUUGUUGCACUGCACUGCGGUGGGGAAGCCACCCCCGGAAAUUAGGUGGAAAAUCCAGACGUCCUCUCAAAAUGUAGCUAUCAAUGGGCCAAACAUAGAAGAAGGGAACAACUCGCUUGCCGACGUGACCUCUAAGCACAGCAAAGGAAUGCACUUUCUGGUUUUCAAAAAUGGCUCCAUGGUCAUCUCCAAGUUCAGCAAGGCCGACGAAGGCAUAUAUACCUGCCAAGCUCUGAAUGAUGUCGGGUCUCGGGAAGAGUCCGUCAGUAUAGCCUUGGCUAGUUCAGAGAAUCCUGCAGAUCAGCUCAAGAACAACAUGCAAGCCAGCAAGCCCGAAAGCAAACCUUGUGAUAGAGAAGAGCACUCAAAAUCUGAAGAGAAGAUCGUGGUCCUCUACCUUCCUCCUAUAUUGCCUAAAACCAGUAGCAGUGUACGAGUGCUGUGGCCUUGGGCAGCCUUGUUGCUGUCUUCCCUGCUUGCUCUUUGUAGCUAAACAUAUCUGUAAUCCACUGUCCAGUAGAAAUAUAGUACAGUGGUGCCUCGCACAACGAGUGCCUCACACAACGAUAAAUUCACACAACGA